GACAGCACUGGGUUGCCUUGCUCGUCAGCCACCAAUUUCAAGUAAGUAGGCCCCCAAAGACGAUAAUUUCCCUCUGUAGACAAAUGAAAUAUGGAGAGAGCUCUAUUUCGUGCUACCGCGUACCCGCGUAAGGAGGAGGAUCAAUCUGGGCGAGCAUCUGAUAUGGUGUCCUAUAACUAUAAAAGAGAGUGGUAGUACCAGUCGACACUUUACCAACCUUUGUUGUCUCUACCAUUCAGGCUACUCAUUAUCUGAACCACUUUCACUCCUCCAACAAGUCGAUCAAGAUCAGCCAUAAUAAGCAACUAUCGAUCAAGAUGACGAUCUUGGUAUUCUUUCUCCUUAUUGCCUCGAACUGCUUGUCCUCAAUCGCGGCCGGCAUUCCUCGUCUAGCUAUCUCAGACGUGGAGCGACGAUACGAUCCACUCGAACACAAAGGAAUAUGCGAAUGCCCCCUAUCCGGUCCAAGUGGCACUUGCAUCAUCAAACCUCUUGCUGGCAGUGAUCCGAACGACGCUUGGUCUUCCACGUGUGAAGGAUUAGGGUUUUACUACACUUGUGGAGGAUCAUACAAUUCUCCCAAUUGCAAUAUAUGCGCCCAGGCCUAUCCUGGAAACACUCGUCCGCAUCCCGAGAUAAUCGAUUGCCCCGGUAUGAAGUGGUGCUCUGGAGACCAGGGCAAAACAUUUCACCAGUGCCAGCUUCACGAAGAGCCUUAUCACCCUGAUAUUCAUGUUGGAGUGAGAGUUGGGGCCACAACCUUCGACAUCGGCAACUAUGACUUCGAUCAGAUCACCUCCGACAUAGCCAAGUCUUGUCAAAAAGAUGGCUGUGAUGCGGGCACUACCGAAGAAAUCGACUUCGAAAAUUUGGACUCAAGUAGCAAGAUCGUUCCGACCAAAGGCAGCCUUACGAUUCAGGGCUUCGCUAAUAGCGAUCAAAAGAUGGUGGACAACCUGAUCGCAACUGUCGGAGCUGUGCUGCAGUCUUCAAAGCAAUGUCAGACAGUAAGGGCGACGCAAUGCAGUUUGAAGCGGGAGACGCCAUCCAUUGCCCACGGUUGCGGCCCAGUAGAAUUCGAGAAAUGCUCCAUGGUUAACUACGUUCAAGCAACUGCUUACGAUAUCGACAGUAAUAUCAAAGCCCAGAUCACCUUCUCCGGCGAGUCAACCGAUAUUAAAUUCCCUUGUGACACGUUCCUAGGGUUGAUCUCCGCUGCUGCAUCUGCUGCAGACGCUGACCCUGCUAUUCAAGGUGGGAUUGCUGUUGCCAGCAUUGUUUGCACGUUGUUCACCGGUGGUGAUGAUUAGUGGUGGUUUGUACGAGUCGAGAAAAUACUUGACAUGGGCGUAUGGAUCAUAUCAUCUUGUACGAUAUACACAGAGUUGUUGGAUUUCCUGUGUUGCAUGUAAUUAGCUGAGUUCAGCGGUAUUAUAAUACAAAGAACGCAAAG